AUGUUGUCCGCUUCGACCGUUCUCGUCGCUCUUUUGGCCUCGGCCGCUCACGCCGCACCUGAGCCUCAAGUGACGCAAGCUCCGGGCCAACAAGAGGUUGCUCGUGCGCUGCAAGCUCGCGCCUCGGGUGACGGUAACACACCGUUGCCACUGACGUCUGCAAGUCCUGCACCCUUCUCACAAAUAUUGUCUUGUCUUGUGCGAUACUAAGCAGCAUUUCACUCUCUGUCCACCAAACAGUACACGUAUGCCUACAAUCAGGUGCCCAAUCAAGUCAACCCUUACGAGUCAGUCCGCCUGCUCAACGCGCCUCGCCCGCCUGCUGGCGCAAAGACACGCUAUUGCGGACUCCGCUCUGCGGGGUGCCACGCCCGCGCAGUCGUGGCCGUCGUCGAAAGAAGCCAGUCGCUGACGCCGAGACCCCACCGUUGUUCACUUGGGAAAUUGUCUGUACAGCUACCUCCGUGGUCCUCAGACUGGUACCAACAUUUGCAACUCGACCACCGAGAACGCCGAUGGCAUGUGCCAGACCGCUCUAUUGAACUCGAUCGAUUGUGAGUGGCCUUUCCGCUCGGCGCGCGCGGGGUAGAGGCGCUGCUCGGUCCGACUCGGGAUUCCGAGCCCGAGCUCAAACAGCUCCUCCCGUCUACUACCUGCCCUGCACGACAUUCGAUCCCAUGUCAAUGUGCGCGGUGGAAAACGGAAGAUGGCGGGAGCUGACGCGUUUCGACCUGUUCGUCCUGUCAUAGCUUUCUGCCUGUGGGGCUCCCCCGGAACGACGGCCAAUGAGACGAUCGGCGACAUUGAGGCCGAGGUCGUAGCCUAUGUAAGUCUGGUCGUCUAGGCGCUGCACUGGGUGCCUGUCUACGUUUGCCACAAGGUCUGACGCGGGUUUUCGAUGUCUCUCUCUGAUUUGCAGUGCACGAGGGCUGGUCUCGGAGGGCGAAUCAUGCCCGCCGGCACAAUCACAGGUCUUCAAGUGAGUAUAAUUCGCUGCGCUACCCUGCCCAAUCGAAUCGAGUGCUGAUCGCUUCGAGUACUGCGAUGCGCUCUCUUGCAACAACAGUUCAUGAGGACUUCGGCCUACAUCCAGUUUGUCGGUUACCUGAACCAGACCGGUCUCGGCUUGCAAGAGACCGACUCGGGCGGAGAGCUUGACCCCCACGGUGCCGACUUGGUAAGUGACCGAUCUCUGGCGCGGCAUUGUUCACUUGUUCCGGGAUCACUCAUCAUCUCUCUCGUUCCAACGCCAGCUCGGUAAUCCCCUUGGUGGUCUCGUGUACUCGAGCCAAUUCCCUGGCGCUAACACCUCGGGCAACGCUUACGGUCAAGUCGUCCAAUGGAACAAGUCAGUCCACGCAACCAGCCGGGGCAACAUGCAUGGGGCUUUCUUGCGCAGCACCUAAACUGACGCGCCUAUCUUUCGCGGUACUCAGCUUCGUCGGUUCGGGUGUGUUCUGCUUCAAGUUGUGCUUCCCCAACGUCACCACCCCCGACUAUUGCCAGAAGUGAGUGUAUCCGUUGAGACUACCGUUCAUUGGUCAGCGAGCGAUUGGGACGGCAGAUUGCUCACGCGUGCGCGUUCUUCUCGCCUGCAGCAAAUACGACAUCAUUGGUUGCGACUACAACAUGCCAUCCAACGUCUCGGUCGGCGAGUUCAUUUCGUGCGAGGGUGAUUUGCAAGACGAGGUUGGUACGUACACCGGCACCAACGGCAAGACGACGGUCUGGUCGCAACCCGAGGACUUGCCGGCGACCUCGACCCUCCCUUGGACUCCCCGCGUACCCGCUUCGUCCAACUGCGUGACCCACGCUUCGACCGCUCUGUUUCCGAUCGCGUCAUUGGGCUACCAAUCUAAUUCCGCUUCUGCGAGCGCCGCCAGCAGUGCCUCGUCUGCGGCUUCCCCCAGUCGCUCAGGCUCCUCCUCGUCCGGCACGGGCACCUCGGGCGCCACGGCGACGUCGACCUCGUCCGCUGCAGCUAGCACGACGACCCGCGCCAGUGGUGCCGGCUCGAUUCAAGCCACCGGCGUCGUCGGUGGUCUCUUGUCUCUUAUCGCCGCUUUCAUCGUUUGA